AUGUCAGUCAUUAGUUUUGGAGUUGGAAAACAAGGACAAUUAGGAUUGGAUGUAAAUAAAGAUCAACUGGAUCCAGCUGUAAUUCAAUUGCUAAAGGGAAAGAGAAUUAAACAGAUUGCAUGUGGUGAAGCACAUUCACUGGCUGUCACAGAGUUUGGCGAUGUAUAUAGUUGGGGACGUGGAAAGGAAGGUGAGCUUGGCCACCCACAGAAAGCAAUGACUGCACCACCUGCUCUGAUAAAAGCACUGGAACACGAGAGAAUCGUCAAGGUUGCCUGUGGAAACUAUCACUCGCUGGCGCUAACCGACACUGGAAAAGUAUAUCAGUGGGGACAACUCCACGAGAUCGAUGCUACCAAGAGUGGUGUCAAGAGUCAGGGUGGUCUGGUAGAGAUGACCGGUAUCAAAAGUUUUGCCAGUAAGGUUGCUGACCACUCGUUGUCAAUGUACUUGAACGGUGAGAAGGCAGCCUAUGAUGAGGAGUCCGCUUCGAGUAGUGUCCUACAAGAUAAUCCUACUGCCAAUGGGCUGGUCACCGACGAUCAGGAGGAAGAAGAAGAGUUCUUACCGGAAGCGAUUGUCGACACGCAACAAGAGCAACAGCCAGAGAAGAGUGGCAGUAAAGUAGGUGAGAUCGUAGAUAAGAAUCAAAUGACACCAGUACUUGUUGAUUUCGGAUCAAAGAGUAUAAAGAUUGUAGAUAUCAGUGCGGGUUGGGCAUACAGUGCAGCAGUCACAUCAACCGGAAAUGUAUAUACUUGGGGAUUCAACGAGAAAGGACAGCUUGGCUUGGGUGAUCGUUGGUAUCAUGGAAAUCCAAGAGUGAUUCGAUCGCUAUCAAAUAAAUCUAUUGUAAAUAUUGCAUGUGGUCGUCAGCAUAUGGCGGCAAUCAGCAAAUCCGGUGAUCUUUACACUUGGGGACUGGGUGUCUUUGGUCAACUCGGUCACGGUAAACUAAAGUCACUGCUUCACCCAAAGAAAGUGCUCUAUUUCGAACAACAACAAAAGAAGAUUGUACAGGUCGCAACCGGUGCCAAUUUCACUAUGGCAGUAUCAGAGAAUGGUGAGUUGUUCUCUUUUGGUCAUGGAGAGUACGGACAGCUUGGUGCCACUGAAGACACACAAUAUAUGGAUUGGAACAACAAUGGUGACCGUGAUGACCAUUUGAAAUAUUCACUGCCAAAACAAGUGAAAGCUUUGGAGAGUGUAAAAGUAAGAAAAGUUGCAUGUGGACAUCUCCAUACCAUUGCAGUGACCACCGAUAAUGAUGUAUAUACUUGGGGAUGGGGAUCGUCAGGAUGUCUGGGAUUCGGUGACAGAAAGUUCCAGCUGGUUCCACAACGUGUGCCAUCACUCUCUGGCGAGGAAAUAUCAUCGGUCAGUGGAGGUGAGAAACACACGCUCAUUGUCAGAUCGUCGGAUACCACCACUUUUGCUUUUGACUACAAACAGCUUGUCAACGACCAAAAGACUGGUGAUAUUGCAUUCCUCGUUCAAAACAAAUAUGUAUAUGCACACAAACUGUUCAUUCGUUCUCGUUGUCCAAAGUUGUAUGGAUCCAUCUUGUUUAGCGAUAGAUUCUGUAAGAACAAGUUGGAGUACAUCGAUGAAGACGGACACAUGGAGCAAGAAGGUGCUGUCAAGAAGGCAGUCGUCGAGAUUGCAAAAGUUAAAUACCAGAUUUGGGUUUCAUUUAUGACCUACCUCUAUACCGAUCAUCUUGUCAUUGCUCCGCAUCUUAGAAAGGAGUUGUCUGAUGUUGCAGCGGCCUGGGGUGUCAGUCGUCUGGUUAGUUUGUGUCACCGUUACAACUACAAGUUGCGUUUGACCGACAAGAUUCCACCAUCGUCAUUCAGUACCGACAUCACAGAGCACAUCGACAGCUUUGAUUUCUCUGACAUUCACUUUGAGGUUGCCAACAAAGAGUUUAUUCCUUCACACAAAUUGAUUCUUGGUGCACGUAACCACUACUUCAAAACAAUGUUUGAAUGUGGAUUCCGUGAGAAGGAUCAGCUGAACUUCAACAUUGGCAAUGAUAUCGAGAAGGAAUCAUUCAAGCUGAUGAUCGAGUAUAUCUAUGGAAACAACGAAGCAGUCGUAAAUCAAGAGAAUGCUGUCGAACUUCUUUGUUUAUCCGAUCGAUUCAUGGUCGAAGAUCUAAAGUUGGUCGCCGAAAGCUUCUUGGAGAGCAUGGUUCGCGAGAGCAUUCAACCAAUCUUGACAACCAUCAAACCAUCAUCGCCAAUCCAGAAAGAUCAAGGCAAUUCCUCCGAACAAACAUCACCAGACAGCGCCAAAGAGAAUAUAUCGGAAGACGCCAUCAUUUCCUUUGAAAAUAUCUGUCUGCUACUCCAGGUCUCUGACAAAUUCUUGGCCAAGAGAUUAAAGCGAUUCUGCAUGGAAACCAUUGCUCAUCUAAUUUCUACCAAGCAAAUGACAUUCUUUUUCGAUAUUUUGAAAAAAGUUAGAUACGAAUCACCUCAACUCAUCAGAGAGCUUGACCAUUUCGCAUCACUCAACACGACACUCAGCGCGAAUCAAUUAAUUUCACUCAUCAGAUAA